AUGUCACAUAUUAAUGACUUCAUAGGUGUUAUGAGAGGUCUUCGUCAGGUAAUAGAUGCAGCUGCUAAACUGCAACAGGAAAACACAAAACUAAUUUUGAAUAAUUCUAGCUUCCGACAAUCUUUUCAAAACUGCUCAAUUAACUCGCUUUCAACUUUGAAGCCUAACAAAAAUGCUAUUAAUGAAGCUUUUGAGAGAGCUAUGGUGGUUUUGCAUGGAAUCAGGCAAUUUGUUUCUAUGCAUAAUUUUAACAACAACACUAAUAUAGAAAGUGUAACAGCAAUGGAUUCACAAUUACAAGAAGAUAUAGAAAUCCUGAACAAGCAAUUCAAUGAAACGUUUGAUAGCUUGAAGCAAACUCAGAAAAAAAUUAUAGCCUCUACAUCUCCCACUCCAGCUGCUGCAGAAAUUAUUGAGGCUAAGCAAAAGGUAGAACCUAUCCAAACUAUUUCUGUAGUUAAACCCACUGAGAAGAAAGAAGAUAAUCUCAAAGUUACUGUAGUUCCUUUACCAAAUAUGGAGCCAAGCUCAAGCAAAUCAGUUCCAAAGCCAGUUGCAAGAAAGAAAUUAAAAGUUUCUCUUAGUGAGAACUCCAAAGCCCGGGUGGUCCCAUCAUCCCGCAUUGGGAGGAUGUUUUCUUUUGGAUCCCUUGCAGCGGGUCUGGGCGUCGGUACAGUUGCCCAAUAUGCAAGAAACACACUACAAUCAGUUACAGGGAAAGUAGAUGAUUCAUCUAAUGCAUUCCUGUCUCCUGCAAAUGCAGAAAGGAUUGUGGACACCCUUUGCAAAGUUAGAGGUGCCGCUUUAAAACUGGGUCAGUUAUUGAGUAUACAAGACGACUCAGUUAUCCCUUCGGACUUGCAACGUAUAUUCGACAGGGUUCGCCAGUCGGCCGACUUCAUGCCGACGUGGCAAGUGGAGAAGGUCAUGAGCUCACAGCUGGGUCCGGACUGGCGGAGUCUAAUCCAACAUUUUGAAGAACAACCGUUUGCGGCUGCAUCUAUUGGUCAAGUGCAUCAAGCAGUGUUGCACAACGGACGGGAAGUGGCCAUCAAGGUGCAGUACCCGGGCGUCGCGAAGGGUAUCAACAGUGACAUAGACAACCUCGUGGGAGUUCUGAAGGUUUGGAACAUGUUCCCAAAAGGAAUGUUCAUUGACAACGUAGUCGAAGUUGCUAAAAAAGAACUAGCUUGGGAAGUAGAUUACAUCCGGGAAGCGGAAUGUACGAAGAAGUUCAAGCAACUGUUGGCUCCAUACCCUGAAUACUUUGUGCCAUCUGUAAUAGACGAGUUAUGCGCUCAAGAGGUAAUAACUACGGAGUUAAUUGACGGAACACCACUUGACAAGUUGUUUGACGCCGAGUACGAAGUGCGUCACGACAUUGCCUACAAGAUAAUGCAGCUUUGCUUGCGGGAGAUGUUCGUACUGCGUUGUAUGCAGACUGAUCCCAAUUGGGCUAACUUCUUCUACAACACGAACACUAAACAGGUAAUUUUAUUAGACUUUGGUGCAACUCGUGAAUAUUCCAAAGAGUUUAUGGACCAGUAUAUAGAAAUUAUCAACGCGGCAUCAGAGAACGACCGCGACACCAUCUUGCGCAUGUCGCGAGAAAUGAAGUUCCUCACCGGAUACGAGUCUAAGAUAAUGGAAGAGACUCACGUGGACACAGUCCUCAUAAUGGGGGAAGUAUUCACAAUGGAAGGCACAGGUGAAUUCGACUUCGGUGCACAGAAGACCACAAGACGUAUACAAGCCCUUAUACCAACAAUCCUCACGCACAGACUGUGCCCGCCCCCAGAGGAAAUAUACUCCUUGCACAGAAAACUAUCUGGUGUUUUUCUACUCUGUUCAAAACUAAAAGUCAAGUUGAAUUGUCGUGACAUGUUCCAAGAGAUAUACGCGCAGUACAAAUCU